AACAGCGUAGAGUUACAUAUCUCGUCCUUGUGAGAAAUCUUUGCAAUUGCAUUGAUCCGUAGUCAGAGCGGGUGUAUUUGUUGAAACUGAUGAUAGCGAGGUGAGUGAUUGGUGAUCCAUGGGAGCACGUGACACCUUGCUGCCAGAGCACUUCAGGUCAAGACCCAAACAGACGUGACAGCGAGCAGCAGCGGCCGAACAAUGGACCAGAACCCGAGCAGCCUUCCCCCGCCCGCCACGCCCGCCAGCGACUAUGCCUCCUGGGACGUGCGCUGUCAGAUGAUCUUCCUCGGCUUCGCAUUCUACAGCGGCGUCUUCCUCCUCUCCCACGUCAUCUCCACCGUCUGCUUCCAGACGUACCGCUCGCUGCUGGCGAAGGAGAAGGUGUUCUGGGACCUGGCAGCGACGCGGGCCGCGUUCGGGGUCCAGAGCACGUUUGCCGGCCUGCGGGCGCUGACCGAGGACUCGGCCCUCGCCGCUGAUAAGGUGGCCGGCCAGGAGGCCUGGUCGUGGUUCCACGUCCUGACCGCCACGGGUUUCUUCCUGUUCGAGAACGUGGCGCUGCACGCCUCCAGCGCCGUCUUCCGCUCCUUCGACCUCCCGCUGGCUACGCACCACUUCUUUGCCCUGGCGGGGUUCGCAGGGGCGGUGGUGUGGGACUCCCUGGGUCACUACCUGCCCAUGGUCACCCUGCUUCUGGAGAUGAGCACCCCUUUCACCUGUAUAUCCUGGAUGCUGCUCAAGGCUGGCUGGUCGCGCACCCUCUUCUGGAAGGCCAACCAGUGGGUGAUGAUCCACAUGUUCCACUGCCGCAUGGUGCUGACCUACUACAUGUGGUGGGUGAGCUGGUGCCACUGGGAGGCCAUCAACAGGCACGUGGCCCUUCCGCAGCGGCUGCUCUUCUUCACCGGCCUGGCCCUGCUCACCGUCCUCAUCAACCCCGUCUGGACGCACAAAAAGACCAUGCAGCUGCUCAACCCCGUCGACUGGAACUUCGGCAACAAGCCGGUACCCCAAGGCUGCCCUGACGGCGGUGUGGAAAAGCCCCACGACAGCUAG